AUGCGUGUCAUUUUCGUCUUUUUAUUGUUGAUUGUUGUCUUGACAACUGCGGAUUCUUACUAUGACGUGAAGGCUAAAAUCAAGGAUUUGAUUGAUGAUGGAUACGGAAAAUAUAAUAGAGGAAAACCUACAAGUGGCACGAAAUCAGUAAGUGACCAAGAUGAUUAUGGACAAGGGAGAAAGAAGAAUGUGGCUUGGCGGAAUUCUGAAGACGAUUCUGGAGAUGAUGACGACUAUGAAAGCUACAGAGGAAAUAAGUAUGACAACCAAAAAUACAAUGAUCGGUUGUCAAAGGAUCAGGAUGAAUCAUCUAACUAUCGCUCCCGCUCUUCUGGAUCAGAUUCUAAUCCGGAUUCUCGCUCUUCCUCUUCUUCAAAAUCAGACUCAUCUCUGAAUGAUGAAAACCAUUAUAAGAAUGGGAAGAAGAAGGGAAUUAUUGGAAAAUUCAUGGAUAAUGUUGCCACAAAACUGAAGAGCAUCCCAGGAAAAGUAGCAGCUGGUGCUGCUGCACUCACUGGAAAAGUGGUUUCUGGAGUUGCGAGUGUUCCAGGAAAAGUAGUCGAUGGUGUGAAGAGUAUUCCAGCUGCAGCAAAAAGCAUUCUUCCUGGAGGAAAAAAGGAAAGCGGAGACAUUACACUUAAUGACUAUACACAGGGUUCCUCUGAACAGGAAAACCAUUUUCAUGUUCACAAAGACAAACAUUACCACGAAGAGGAGCACAGACAUCAGGAUUAUAACACCAAAUUGAACCUUUACAACGAUUGGGAUAGAAAUGAUUUGGAUGAGAAAUAUGGAAGUAUUUACGACAAUAUGAGAUACAAGAGAAGUGUUCAAAAGUCGGUCAACAAAAAUGGUCAACUUCGCAAAAAACCAUCUGAGAAAAGAGCAAUCGUUGUUUUCUAA